UGAUUCCUUAACCCGGAAGAUAAAUACGCGCUGUGGCCAAACAAAUGGCUGCCUCAGGGGCCGCCGGUUCCCCAGGCCGCCUAGUCCAGUACGUGGUAGUCCGCGCGGACCUGGUCCACAAGCUGUCGUGGCCGCUGGGAGCCGUCAUCACGCAGGCGUGCCACGCCGCCACGGCCGCCGUCCACCUCCACUACGCCGACCGGGACACGCAGAGCUACCUGGCCGAGCUCGACUCCAUGCACAAAGUGGUGCUCGCGGCUCCGGACGAGGCCGCCCUCUCGGGCUUGUCUGAGAGCCUGACCCAGGCCGGCGUGGCCCACAAGCUUUGGAUUGAGCAGCCCGAGAACAUGGCCACCUGUCUGGCCCUGAAGCCGUACCCCAGAGAAAGGGUGCAGCCGCUGCUCCGCAAGUUCAAGCUCUUCAAGUGAUCUCUGACUGACUUUUACUGGAAAACAUGGCUGCCAUUGUUAUUGUAUCAUGACUUGGACUAUUCAAGUUUUGCUGUAAAAAAACGAACUGCAUACAUAAACAUUGAAAAGCCGCUUCUUCCACGCAACCGUAUUAAAAUGUCUUUUAAACGGUUAA